AUGCGACAACCAGGAAUAUUUGGUCAACUCAAUUGGGAUACUUACACAGUAGUCAUACUCGGGUUCCGCACAUCAGCCGGUCAGACACCAGACAGUAUCACAAAAGCGCUCGAUCAAGGAGCCGUCAAGCUUCUUUCCGUGUACCCUUUCCUCACAUGCCAGGUCAUCAACGAAGGCCGCUCAAGCACGAGUUCCGGCACAUACAGGAUCGUGCCAUAUCCUCCUCACUCGGACGGCAACUCGCCCGUCCGACAAAAGGACUGCAGGCAGUUGUGUCCGUCCUACGAUGAAAUCAUCCGAGCUGGCGCCCCUUUCUCGAUGCUUGACGGCGAAGUUCUUUGUCCCAUGAGAGGGAUGGGCUAUGUUUACGACCAAGCAGUCGAGACGCCCGUGUUCAUUAUCCAGGCCAACUUUAUCCGUGGAGGACUGCUGCUAUGUUUCGCGAGCAUGCACAACGCGCUUGACAUGAACGGCCAAGACAUCCUCAUCCGACAAUUCGCCACACUGCUGCGGGGCGAAGCAUUGGACCAGGAGCUGAUAGCAGCUGGGAAUCAGGACGCCGAUAGCAUUGUGCCAUUGCUGAAGGAAGGAGAAGCCGUCCUUGCGCAUGAUGAAAUGCGGAGACCCUCCAGCUUAAUGCCUGUGAACGAUGCCGCUCCCGCUACACAAGGACUCAAGGCGCGGUGGAUCUACUGGCGAUUUCCGCGCGACAAGCUCACUGAGCUCAAAACCCUCGCCUCGCAAAACACGAGUGCACGAGUCUCCACAAACGAUGCAAUCACGGCGAUCUAUGCCCAGCGUCUCACGGCCGUUCGCAUUGCCGCAGGCCGCCUCUCCCGCACGGAGUCCGUCCACUGUCUCCGUGCCGCCGACGGCCGCGCAAGGCUCGACCCUCCUGUCCCGAAAGGCUACCUGGGUCACCUUGUGGGACUCGCGUACACGGAAUGGCCUGCCGCACGCAUGGUUCUGGAAGCCCCAUUAUCCACCGUCGCCAACGACAUCCGUGCGUCCCUGGAAAAAGUCGACGAUCACAACAUCCGGAGUCUAGCCACGCUGAUCCACACCACGGAGGACAAAACGACAAUCUUUUACGGCGCGAAGAAGAAGCUGGGCAAGGACAUCUUCAUCUCCUCGUGGGCUCAAAUGGACCUCUCGAGGACGUGUGACUUUGGCCCGUUGCUGAGUGGAGGUGGCAAGGAUGGAAGACCGGAUUUCGUAAGGAGAGCAAAGAUGGAUAUUCUGCCAGAUUUGACAUAUAUCAUGCCCAAGAACAAGGAAGGGGAUAUGGAUCUCGGGGCGUGUCUGUUUGAAGAGGACAUCGCGGCCCUGCAAGAGGACGGGCCAUGGAUGAACUACACGAGGAUGAUCGGUUGA